CAAGAUAUAAAAGGAGAAGCACAUAGACGAAGGGGACGCUUGAAGCCUAGACAUAAUUCCUAACAUCCUAAGAGAGCCUGAUCAUCUCUCAUCGCACUGAAAGGAGUUCGUAGUGCUGUCCUUUUAUCUGGUUUCUAGGAAGGAGAAAAAAAAUGGCUUUGGCGAGAUGAUGUGAUCAGCGAGGCUCCUGUUUCCUCUAAGGCGCAGCAAAGGGAAGAAAAAUAAAGAGGAAAGCAGAAAAGAAGAUGGAGGAAGAACAGGAGAAGAACAGAGGAGCAGCAAGCAGCAGGGUCAAGAUCAUGGCUUCACAUUUCAGAGUGUAAACUUAUCUGUGGUUAAACAAAAUCAGUUUGACGAUGUUCUCUUCUAUCAUGGAGAGGAAGAGUUACAAACAACAGUGCAAAUCUGAGAAGGUCCAUAUGGGAUGUAUGUCUGGGCUCAUGCACAUGUUUGACUUCCAUCGCAGUCCAAAACUUAUUUCAGAUAGGAGCCAUGGCAUUAGGCGGAAUUCAGUUAGAAGUGACAUGAAAGACUCUAAAGAUUUUCAUGGAAUCACCUUCUCUGAUGAGGACAAAGACUAUGGGGUUAAAACAAUUUAUGCUGGUAGGCCAAGUAUUAAAGCACUUAUGGAAGAAGAGAUGUCCAGUGGAACACAGAUCUUGAAGGAGACAGAAAGGAAUAUAUUUGGGGUAUGUUAUGAUGAUUUUAAAUCUAUGAAUUUAAGAGAAGGAUAUGAAAAUGACCUAAACUUGGCUACAAGUCUCAUGGAAUUAUACAGAAAUCAUAAUGGAGGUCAUGGUGUUAUCACUUUAGAAGUAUCAGAUCACACUUCUAGUUUGAUUGACAAAGAAGACAAUAUUGAUGUUGGUACUCAUCCUAAACAAAUCCCUAGUAAUAUAGAGAAAGCACUUGAAGCUGUGGCUGAAGCAGUAAUAAGUCAUCAAUCUUCAAAUGAGAAAUACACCAGCAACAGCUGCAAAGCUAGGUCCAAUGAAUUUCUUGAUGCAUUGCAAUUGUUGAGCUCAAAUGAAGAGUACUUUCUAAUGCUUUUGAAAGACCCAAGUUCUAGGAUGUUGCAAUGCUUGCAAAACCUAUACACGGCAUUAGGAAGUCCUAUAUUGGAAUCAACAGAAGAUGACAAACAAACAAACUCAAAAGUUAUCGAUAACAGUCUAGAGCAGCAUGAAGUUUUGAAAUAUGGUGUGCAAAAAAUACAUAAUUCUUUCUUCGAGGAAGAUAAGCUAGUUAUGAGGACACCACCAAAAUUGAAUGAUAAUUCUCGUGGCAUUAGCAGAAUAGUAAUAUUGAAGCCAAGUCCUGCUAGAAGUCAAACUAGUCUGCUCUCAAGUAGUGCAUUUUCAUCACCCGUAUCAACUCAUAAUGAUUUGCAAGGUCAGCAAGAUAGUGAAAAUUACGCUCGACAUUUCUCUCUUAGAGAGCUUAAAAGGAGGCUAAGGUUUGCCAUUAGUAACAAGCGAAAGGAUAUCAUGAGUAGUACUUUCCAAAAAGAUGAUUCAACACCAAAAAUUAUUCUUGAGAGUAUGUCGACAAGUAUGGAUUCUUCUAAAUGUGAAAAAGAUGAAAAACCCUCGAGAGUUGACAAUAAAGCAAACCCUAAAGAUAGUGAAAGUGGCAUGGGAAAUGAUGUUGCUCAUUGUGUCACCUCUUUCUUUUAUGAAAAAGCUAAGAAGCAUCUACGGGAGAGGCUAGACAAUCAAAAGAGCAACACUUCUCAGGUGGUACACAAAUUAGAACCCUUUGGGAAGUUAAUUUCAUUUUCAGGGCAUGAUAUGUUUUCUCAAACUGAUCAUCCUCAAGAGGAUGUUAACAUGUUAGAGGAUUUAACCACCUCAACAACAUUAUUGAGGACUGAACAAGAGGAUAAUUCAUCAGAUUCUAACUUGGCAAGAAAGUUCAAAGAGUCAAUACUAUAUGAUACCAGCACAUUGGCUAACACACAAUUGGAUGAGUUUAAGACAAACCAUGGCAAUUAUCCAUUCAAAGAGGGCACUAUCUCGCAUGAGUUAAUAAGUAAAGGAAUUGACAACAUAAAUGUUGCAACAGACACCCCUCAAUCCUCUAUUCAGAUUGAAACUUCAAUUGAAAGCUUGGAACAAAUAAAUACAAGCCAAUGCUUCCCAGAAGAGUCACAAAACAAGAAUACAUUACUAGAAGCGUUCCUGUAUACUCAAGGGGGUCUCGCUAAUGAGAAAGACAAUCAAAGUCCAUCUAUAGUGGUUGGAUUAACCAAGCCGCCCAUAAUGACAUUUUCUUGUUCACCAGAGAAUGCAUGUGAUAAGGAGGAAAGAUUGAGCCCUCAAUCUAUUCUAGAUACUUUCCUACAAGAUGGUAGCAGCCCUAGCCAAAAAACUGAAGAGCAAGACAAAUUAUCUAUUCCAAGCACAAGAAUUAUGUUCGAAGACAGUGAUACCCCCCUAGGAAGCCCAACUUUGCAUAACACACCACAAGAAACCAUUUUGGAUGAUAAACAAGCAAGGUUUUCCUUUAUAAAGGUUGUGCUUGAGGCUUCAAACCUAUUGUUUGAGGAAAUUUCAGAUAUAUGGUAUACGAGUGCGUCAUUGGUUAACACAUCAGCAUUGGCUGAAGUAGGGACUUUAUAUUGUCUAACGGAUGAGGUAGUGCUUCUUUUUGAUUGUGUUGAAGAAGCUCUUUUUAAGAUGAGGGAUACAUUCUUUGGUUGUGACCCUUGGGUAGCUUAUCUAAAACAUAAUAUGAGACCAGCUCUUGUAGGAACAGAGCUCAUUCAAGAGGUGGCUAAGUUCAUUGAUUCUCUAGUCAAUGAUAAGGUUCUAGGUACAUUAGAUCAGUUGGUGCUCAAAGACUUGGAAAAUGGAUCAUGGAUGAACCUUCGAGACAAUACUGAAGGAGUUGUUAUAGAGGUGUGGGAUAGUUUGCUUGAUGACUUGAUGGAGGAAAUGGUGUUUGAUUUGUGGCUUUAAGAUUGUUUUGUUAUCAUCCAUGAAGCUACAUCAAAUCAAAACUAAUUGAGUUGAUAGUUUGGCAGUGUUUUAUUCACCAAAAACAAAAGAAAAAAGGCAGUAAAGAAGUGAAUGACCUAAAUAUAGACAUAGAUUGCAUAGAGUUAGGCUUGCGUGAAUUUUUGGAUCAUACUAUAAAUCUUGAAUAUACUUGGCUCCUAACUGUAGGAACUUUGCUUCUUUUAUCAUUAUUUUUCUUUGUAUAGGUGUGAAAAUAGGAAGAACUUGGUUAUAUAUGUACUGUUCAUCUUACUAUUUAAUGAUAGUUUUUUCUCUUGAAACCAUAACCAUUUCCCUUGUUUAUGAGAUGCAC